AUGGCCAAGUCGAUCCGUUCUAAGGUCAAGAAGCGCUUCAGAACCUGUAAGAGGCAGUUGGUUAGCGCCACCAUCGAUAAGAAACGACUCCAGGACACCAACCAGAGGUUGCGAGAAGUCGCCAGUGGUGUCUUUGUGAAACCAGCUACGCCGAAGAACGCUUUCCUCUAUCCGGACGAUCCAGAGGCGGCUUUCCCUAAGGUUAUUGUGGCGAAGCCUUUGGAUUUCCGGAGUGAAGCGAUGCCUCAUAGUGGUUACGCUAUCACUGGUAACCGUAGAAAGUAUGUCGCCUCGGAACUCGAGAGCAUCCCUAAGGUUGUCGUUGGUGACGAUAUCGGCGGCUCUGUGAGAGCUAAGUUGGCUUUUGUACAAAAGAAUAACGACGAUGACAUUGAAAUGGGAGCUCCUCGGAGCGUCUCUGCGCCUGUCCCAGCUACAGGUGUUAUCACACAGGGCGACUUGUCGAAGGUAGUCGAGAAGGAGAAGAGCCAAG